AUGAAUGGGCCCAACGAUGGCCCACUUUGUUCGCUAAUUUCAUACGUUGUGCCACCCGGUCUCUCGAGGGUACCUGUUGUUGGACCGGCAGAGACUCGCCCUUCCACAGUCACUGACGUUGAAACUAUCAGAGCAAAAAGUAAGAGGGAAAUCGCCCCUGUUAACUCGCCAGGAUCUUUAAUAGAUCGCCAGAAUUCUAAUCCUCCUACUCGACCUGGUUUUCAACUGGCCACUCCUUGUGUGGAACCAUCCGUAACUCCUCCUUCCGUACCAUCUGCAGAGAAGGUCGUUUCUAACGGUAGUGACAACAAGUCUCUUUUUGUGAAGGCUCAACCACAUCCACCGAGAAAAUCUUGUUUGACAAAGAACAUCGAUCCGAAAAUUGUACCCGCUCGGCUGAACCUUAAAAAGAAGACAGUGGCUUUUGGGAAGACAGUUAACGUCUCGCAGACUAUUGAGGGCACUUCACAAUUAUCCAAGCUAAAGCGACAGAUGAAGAAAGAAGAUACAUUAAAAAAAGAAAUGAGUGACACUGAGAACAAAGAAAACAACUCUAACGGUGCUGAAGAACCAACUGGCGAGGAAUCACUCUUUGACAUCCUCAAAGGUGUCAGAUCGACCCUGGAAGGUCUCAAGGUCCGUGAUGAAGAAAGGGCAGAAGAGCUUCGUUCUAUUCGUCGAAUGGUUGACGAGAAAUCAAAAGAAAUUGAGAAUCUGAAGGGAUUUCUUGCAGAUUUCUUCUCCAAAGAUUGUAGUCGAUCUGUCGAUUUGCUACCUUAUAAUUCGUCCAAGAAACACCUAGAAGAAAUGAAAUCUUCGCCAAGGAAGGUGGAUGAGGAACUGAAGGAUCGCUCCCCACAAUCUCCUAGCCACCGAAGGUUUAGUCCGUUACAGAGGGGCGCAGGAAAUGCGGUUCGAAGGAAUACGGAUCCAAACAAUGUUGAUGACAUUAGUUUUGAGGAGUUUCGUCGUCUGAUAACAACUAAUCCUGCUUUGCGUCAAUUUGUUUCAGACAUUAUCGCAGAAGAAAAUGACCAUCAUGGUAGUUACAUAUCUCACCGUAGGAGAUCAGAUAGAGGUGACUUACCUUGGAGAGACGGGCAAGGAAGAGAAGUGGCGAGAGAACCGAGACAAAAAGAGGAUCCGAGAACAAGAGGACCUCGUGGUGCUAAAUUCACGGAGAAGGUGACAGUCGAACGCAGUAUUCGAUGUUCACCACCGGAACUGGCCCAGUACUCAGUGGACACAAGAAGAUACAUAGCUGAUCAGGUUUUAGAAGAUGAAGAUGGUUUGAGCCAUUCAAUGUAUCGCCCCGGUGAGAGUGUUAGCUACUACCCGGAAAAUCUUCGAGUGCGUGGCUGUGUGGAUGACCCUGCUUUCUCGGACGACGAUCAACCUCGAACGCGGCGUAAUUAUCGUGACUACGCUACUAUAGAAGAACGUCGCAGACAGAGAAGAGAUCGGCGACCAGAUCGUUUUCAAGACUAUUGA